AUGAUGAACCUUGUUCCAAGAGGAAAUCCAAGUUUCAAUGCUUUUCUUCUGUAUGUGAAGCGGGCGUGCGGGCCGGUGCGGUACGCUGAGGGCGCCGUGCUGCCAGCGCCGCCCCUGGCCGCCGACCCGCCCUCGGAGCCGCUGGCGGCGGCGGAGGCGGCGGCGGCGGCGCGGCGGCCCCACCCGGCGGCGCGCGUCGGUCGGCGGAGGCGCGCGGACAGCGUGGGAGGCGGCGGGCGGCGGGCGGCGCCAGCGACCGCCUGGCCGGCCGGCCCUGCGCCUGCUGCUGGGCCAGCCUGGGCCGCAGCCGCGGCUUUCUACGCCAACCUCGCGAGUCCCUCUGCUCCGACGACAGCUUCGCCGGAGACGCGCGACACGGCGGACUGGCUGGAACGGACGACAGCGCCCGGAAGGUGA